AUGUAACAACUUAAAACCAUGCACGUUCAAUUCCUCUACCACAUUUUCUCGCCUAUAUAAACCCUAAUCCAAAACCAAAAUUUUCAUCCAUCUUUGAAUAUUCACAAUCUACUACAUAAGACACUUGUUCUUGUUACGAUCAGUCAUUAGCCAAAUUGGCUAGCUUUCAGUUUUGCCAAAAGCUCUUGCUUAAUUUUGCUCAUUAUCUUGAAAAUGUCAAAUUACGAAAACCAAUACUCUGGUGCUACACCUGUAGUUGAUGAAUAUGGCAAUCCAAUUCGCUCAGACAAACAUGGGCACCAAACUCACACUGGUGAAUAUGGCAACCCAACUCACCAAACUAACACCGGAUAUGGAACUGGUGGGUUGGACACCACCACUCACCAGGGUAUGCGUACCAAUGCAACCACGCCUGCUUAUGGUGGUGAUUAUCGUAAUGAUCAGCAACAAAACCAAGGGCUUUCUGGCAUGCUUCACCGUUCUGGAAGUAGCUCCUCUAGCUCUUCUGAGGAUGAUGGAAUGGGCGGGAGAAGGAAGAAGAAGGGGUUGACAGAGAAAAUAAAGGAGAAGAUACCAGGUAUUGGGCACAAGGAUGAUGAUUCGUCCCAGCAAAGUCAUGCAACUUCAGCUACAACCCCAGGUUACCAUGAGGGCCAACAGCAUGAGGAGAAGAAGGGAAUAAUGGAUAAGAUCAAGGAAAAGCUUCCUGGACACCACUAAGAGUUAUCGCAUACUCGCAUUUAUAUAUGUUCUUUCUUUUUUAUAUGUAAAUAACCCUUGUUUGUAGCCUAAGCGAGUCCUAUAUAUAUGGUACCGUUUUUGUUACAAACAAGUGAUGUGGUAUGAUUUUUUGGUUUAAUAAGUGAGGCAUACAAUUUUGGUAUUAUGAAUAUUAGGUUGUAUGCUUCCAAUUUUUGGGUUAA